UUAGGACUGGCUGGGUGUUUGGUGGCCGUUUUCAGGCUUAUAAACAGCCUUUUUCUUUUACCUUGGCCUCAGAACAGGGGUGCAGCCCUCUAGCUUGGUUGUUCAGAUGGCUGCUGUCCUUGGCACACUUUCCUUUCACCUAGCUCCUUGUUGGUAGGGAUGCAGAGCUGGUUUCUAAUGUAUGAAGAAGGGGGAAUGGGCUUCCUCCCCCUCCCCAGCUUGCUCCCUUUAACAUUUUUGCAUUUGUGGAGACACCUGUCUUGCCUGCCUUUUAAGCCACAGGGCUGCAGAAUUCCUAACCUCCCACCCACCUAAUUUGAGGGCAAGGGGGCCCCCAUCUUCAGAGCCUCGUGUGGAAGGCUCAGGAUCUAAAAGGAAAGGGUUUUCCUCAGGAACCUGUGACUUCACAAACUCCCCCUGUCAUUGCAGAUUUUUUUUUUCUUUUUUUUUUAAGCUUCUAAACGUUGGGUUGUUGGUGUCCUUUGGUUGAGCUUUUCCUAGUUCUGAUAUUUAGGAAGGUGGCUUUGAAACUGGCAGGGCUGCUUCCACCAGAGAGCCGCAGCUAUUGAACAACCUGCUACCAUUUUAGCUUCGAUACAGGAAUGAGGCAGUGUUGCCAGACGCCAUUUUAAGAAUCCUGCAUAAAUAGCUUAGCUCCCGAUGACUCUGCCUGUUUUAGCUUGGCCGAAGAGGAAAUAAAAACUGAACAGGAGGUGGUAGAGGGCAUGGAUAUCUCUACUCGCUCCAAAGAUCCUGGCUCCACAGAGAGAGCAGCCCAGAAAAGAAAGUUCCCCAGCCCUCCGCAUUCUUCCAAUGGCCACUCGCCACAGGACACAUCCACAAGCCCCAUUAAAAAGAAAAAGAAACCCGGCUUACUGAACAAUAACAAUAAGGAGCAGUCAGAACUAAGACAUGGUCCGUUUUACUAUAUGAAGCAGCCACUCACCACAGACCCUGUUGAUGUUGUACCGCAGGAUGGACGGAAUGAUUUCUACUGCUGGGUUUGUCACCGGGAAGGCCAAGUCCUUUGCUGUGAGCUCUGUCCCCGGGUUUAUCACGCUAAGUGUCUGAGACUGACAUCGGAACCAGAGGGGGACUGGUUUUGUCCUGAAUGUGAGAAGAUUACAGUAGCAGAAUGCAUCGAGACUCAGAGUAAAGCCAUGACCAUGCUCACCAUCGAACAGUUAUCCUACCUGCUCAAGUUUGCCAUUCAGAAAAUGAAACAGCCAGGGACAGAUGCAUUCCAGAAGCCUGUUCCCUUGGAACAGCAUCCUGACUAUGCGGAAUACAUCUUCCAUCCUAUGGACCUUUGUACAUUGGAAAAGAACGCUAAAAAGAAAAUGUAUGGAUGCACAGAGGCUUUCCUGGCUGAUGCGAAAUGGAUUUUGCACAACUGCAUCAUUUACAAUGGAGGAAAUCACAAAUUGACGCAGAUAGCAAAAGUAGUCAUCAAAAUCUGUGAGCAUGAGAUGAAUGAAAUUGAAGUAUGUCCGGAGUGUUACCUAGCUGCUUGCCAAAAACGAGACAACUGGUUUUGUGAGCCUUGUAGCAAUCCACAUCCUUUGGUCUGGGCAAAACUGAAGGGGUUUCCAUUCUGGCCUGCAAAAGCUCUGAGGGAUAAAGAUGGGCAGGUUGAUGCUCGAUUCUUUGGACAACAUGACAGGGCCUGGGUUCCAAUAAAUAAUUGCUACCUCAUGUCUAAAGAAAUUCCUUUUUCUGUGAAAAAGACGAAAAGCAUCUUCAACAGUGCAAUGCAAGAGAUGGAGGUGUACGUGGAGAACAUCCGCAGGAAGUUUGGGGUUUUUAACUACUCUCCCUUCAGGACACCCUACACCCCCAACAGCCAGUACCAAAUGCUGCUCGACCCCAGCAACCCCAGCGCCGGUGCCGCCAAGAUCGACAAGCAGGAGAAGGUCAAGCUCAACUUCGACAUGACGGCGUCCCCCAAGAUCCUGAUGAGCAAGCCCAUGCUGAGUGGGGGCGCGGGCCGCAGGAUCUCCCUGUCGGAUAUGCCCCGCUCUCCCAUGAGUACAAACUCUUCUGUGCACACGGGCUCCGACGUGGAGCAGGACGCUGAGAAGAAGGCCACCUCGAGCCACUUCAGUGCCAGUGAGGAGUCCAUGGACUUCCUGGACAAGAGCACAGCUUCGCCAGCCUCUGCGAAGACGGGACAAGCGGGGAGUUUAUCUGGCAGCCCGAAAACUUUCUCCCCUCAAGCAUCAACACCCAUCACCACGAAAACGGACAAAACCUCCAGCACUGGAAGCAUCCUGAAUCUUAACUUGGAUCGGAGCAAGGCGGAGAUGGACCUGAAGGAGCUGAGCGAGUCGGUCCAGCAGCAGACGGCGCCUGUUCCCCUCAUCUCGCCCAAGCGGCAGAUCCGGAGCAGGUUCCAGCUCAAUCUCGACAAGACCAUAGAGAGUUGCAAAGCACAAUUAGGCAUAAAUGAAAUCUCGGAAGAUGUUUACACGGCCGUAGAGCACAGCGAUUCGGAAGAUUCCGAGAAGUCUGAUAGUAGCGAUAGUGAGUAUAUCAGUGACGAUGAGCAGAAGUCCAAGAAUGAGCCGGAAGACGCAGAAGACAAAGAGGGUAGCCGGGUGGACAAAGAGCCAUCAGCAGUCAAAAAAAAGCCCAAACUGGCCAGCCCGGUGGAGACUAAGGAAGAGCUGAAAAGCACAUCACCAGCCAGCGAGAAAGCGGAUCCGGGCUCAGGGAAGGAAAAGGCAAGCCCCCCGCCCGAGAAGGACUUUUCAGAGAAAGCGAAAGCUUCCCCUCAUUCCACAAAGGAUAAACUGAAGGGGAAGGAUGAGACCGAUUCCCCAACGGUACAUUUGGGCCUGGACUCCGAUUCAGAAAGUGAACUUGUCAUAGAUUUAGGAGAAGACCAUUCUGGGCGGGAGGGUCGUAAAAAUAAGAAGGAACCCAAAGAAACAUCUCCCAAGCAGGAUGUCGUAGGUAAAGCUCCACCAUCCACUACAGCGGGCGGCCAGUCCCCACCCGAAACUCCACUCCUCACCCGCUCCUCCUCCCAAACUCCCACGGCUGGUGUCACGAUCACCGCCAGCGCCACGUCCACGGUCACGGCCCCGGCCACCACUGCCACCGCCACUGCCGCCGCCACCACCACCGCCGCCGCCGCUGCUGCCGCCGCCACCACCGCCGCCGCCGCCGCCACCGCCGCCACGGGGAGCCCGGUGAAAAAGCAGAGGCCGCUUUUACCGAAGGAGACUGCCCCGGCCGUGCAGCGGGUCGCGUGGAACUCGUCAAGUAAGUUUCAAACGUCUUCCCAAAAGUGGCACAUGCAGAAGAUGCAACGCCAGCAGCAGACCCAGCAGCAGACCCAGCAGCCUCAGUCUUCCCAGGGGACGAGAUAUCAGACCAGACAGGCUGUGAAAGCCGUCCAGCAGAAGGAGAUCACGCAGAGCCCAUCCACCGCCACCAUCACCCUGGUGACCAGCACUCAGUCAUCGCCCCUGGUCGCCAGCUCGGGGUCCACGAGCACCCUCGCAUCCUCGGUCAGUGCAGACCUGCCCAUCGCCACCGCCUCUGCUGACGUCGCUGCGGACAUUGCCAAGUACACUAGCAAAAUGAUGGAUGCGAUCAAAGGAACGAUGACAGAGAUCUACAACGAUCUUUCUAAAAACACUACGGGAAGCACGAUAGCCGAGAUUCGCAGGCUGAGGAUCGAGAUAGAGAAGCUACAGUGGCUGCACCAGCAGGAGCUCUCGGAAAUGAAACACAACCUGGAGCUGACCAUGGCGGAGAUGCGGCAGAGCCUGGAGCAGGAGCGGGACCGGCUCAUGGCCGAGGUGAAGAAGCAGCUGGAGCUGGAGAAGCAGCAGGCGGUGGACGAGACCAAGAAGAAGCAGUGGUGCGCCAACUGCAAGAAGGAGGCCAUUUUCUACUGCUGCUGGAACACCAGCUAUUGUGACUACCCCUGCCAGCAGGCCCACUGGCCCGAGCACAUGAAGUCCUGUACCCAGUCAGCCACGGCCCCCCAGCAGGAAGCAGAUGCCGAGGUGAACUCCGAGACACUAAACAAGCCUUCGCAGGGAAGCUCUUCCAGCACUCCGGCCGCCCCUGCGGAAACAGCCAGCACCUCGAAAGAGAAGGAGGCGCCAGCGGAGAAAAGCAAGGACAGCGGGUCGACCCUCGACCUUUCUGGCUCCAGGGAGACGCCCUCCUCCAUUCUCUUAGGCUCCAACCAAGGCUCUGACCAUUCCCGGAGCAGUAAGUCUAGUUGCUGGAGCAGCAGCGACGAGAAGCGAGGACCCGCACGCUCCGAGCACAACGCCAGCUCCAGUUCGAAGAGUCUCCUCCCGAAAGAGUCUCGGCUGGACACCUUCUGGGACUAGGGACAAGUCACGACAUAAGCCACCCACGCCAUGGAGGAAAAAAAAACCAGACACCAGGGCAAUAGGAAGCAGCAAAGAAACGUGAAA